AUGUGUUUUGAGGGUGCCAAAGUGAUGGUGACUAAAGGACUCAGCUCUCACUUUCAGGUUUCCCAUACGCUGUCAAUUUCUCCCACAAAUACCGGGUAUCGAUUUGGUGCCACAUACGUUGGCACGAAAGUUGCAGGGCCACAGGAACAGUAUCCAAUCUUUUUAGGAGACACAGAUGUCUCCGGAAACACUACAGCAACAGUAUUACAUCAGUUUGGGGACAAUUAUCGUUUACGUGUACAAGCUCAGGUGCAGCAAAACAAAAUUGUUGGAGCUCAAGGGGGGAUUGAAAGAAGGUAUCUCUUAACCUCUGUUAUGCUUCUCAAUUUGCCCUAA